UGACGCCACAAGCCCAAAAACUUGAUUUGCAGGAUCAUUGGGAGAACAGUUCUCUGAAAAGAACAGAGUCUGAACUGUAGCUGAACACGUGUGGCUCUGGUGAAAUCAUGUCUGAAGCCUUUUUGAAAGCAGCAGAGGAGGCUAAAGUCUUAAAACAGACCCCGAAUAAGCAGGAAAUGUCUUCUCUAUACGGUCUAUACAAGCAAGCCACAGUGGGAGACGUCAAUAUUGAGGCGCCAGGAAUGUUUAGCUUUGUGGCAAAAGAGAAAUGGAAUGCAUGGAACGCAAAGAAAGGACUCUCUAAAGAAGAAGCUGAAGCUGAGUAUAUAAAAGCGGUGGAAUCACUGAAAGAAAAAUAUGGAAUUUAAAUGUUUUUAAUAUGAAAUAUGUAACGAGCAAUAGAUAUAACACAAUAUAGUUUCAAUAUAUAUUAUACAUACCAAAUGAAAUGUACACACAAUGCAGACAUUUAAAUAAAGGUUUAUUUUAUGACUUC